ACUAAUUUGUUUGCUUCAAGUGACGUUCACACGUUUGCUUUUGAAUUUUUGUGAAUGAGUAUAAUUCCUGUUUUCAAACUGCGUCUCGGAGCUCCGCCCACUGACUCCCAAGUUGUUCGAUAGUUGUGAUUCUGCAGGACUGUCGAGUUUAUUCACCUCAGACAUCGCAUUUGUUUACGAUGAGAACUCGUAAAAAGGUUAAAGUUGUUGAGUCCCGGAAGAAAGUAAACGAUGUCGAAGAAGAAGACGACAUAACGAGUGAACGCGAGGAUUUAUCCGAGAAUGAGAGCGUGGUGUCCUCAGGAGAGGAGAUGGUCUUUGAUAAUCUUUCAGAUGACAUCUCGUCGUCUGAUUAUGACUUGAGUCCUGCAAUCAGCCAACGAAAGCGGAAGAUCUCUGUUUCACCGUCUCCAGCGAAAUCGAAAAGAACUGGUUCACCUGCCUAUGCAGGCAGAAGAAAAGGGAGGGUCAAGAAAAAGAGAGUUAAGCGGUCAUUGCCGUUUUCUGUAGACAUCUCAAAUGAUAAGUGGCAUAGUGCGGAUGAGCCUGAUAUCGAGCCACCUCAACAGAAUUUCAGACCCCUCCGAGCACCCGGCCCGCAGGUGAUCUUGACUGCGUCCUACAGUCCUAUGCAGUUUUUUCACAUGUUCUUUUCAGUAUCAGUAAUGCAGAAAAUUAUAGAGCACUCUAAUGCCUAUGGGGCCAACUGGCUGGCUUCGAGGCGAACAUCAUGGUUCGACAUUUCUUUGAAAGACUUCAAGUCGUUUUUGGCGCUCGUCAUCUACAUGGGUCUGGUAAAGUGCUUCAACCUCCAAGACUACUGGAAAAAGACGGACAUCUACAGUCUGCCGUAUCCUAUACAAGUGAUGUCUUGUAGGAGAUUUCUAGCCAUAUCCAGCGCUCUUCACCUCAGUGACCCCGAAGAAGACGUAGAGAAUGAAAAGAAGAAGGGAAUGGCUGGAUAUGACCGUCUGUUUAAGAUCAAGCCAUUGUACGAUGACAUCAGAAUGGCCUGCCAGACUUACUUUCAUCCCUUUCAGAACAUCUCCAUCGAUGAGAGAAUGGUUGCAACAAAGGCUAGAAAUGGACUCAAACAAUAUAUGAAAAACAAACCGACGAAAUGGGGCUACAAACUCUUUGUUCUGGCAGAUUCGCUCUCUGGCUACACGUGGGACUUCUUCGUGUACGAGGGAAAGUCACUUUUAAGGCAAGGCAAGGGGGUUGGCCAUGAUGCUGUCAUGAGGUUGGCCAAUGAUAAGUUGUUGGGCACUGGAUACAAGCUGUAUGUUGACAACUUUUACACCAGCCCCGCGCUGUUCAGGGACCUCCUGAGUAAGAAGAUUUUGGCUUGUGGGACAGUUCGAGCAAACCGGAUCGGGCGCUCAACAAGACCAGCUCCUCGUGGCAGCAUACGCUGGUUGAGAGACGACAAUCUCCUGUUCGUCGAGUGGAAGGACAGAAGAAACGUCCUGCUGUGCUCCACCUUUCAUAAAGCAUUCAACGGUGACAAAGUGAAGAGGAAAGUGAAGGGAGUCGAUGGAGUUUGGACUGAACAAGACUUCACGGUUCCGCCUGCAGUGCUCGACUAUAACAAGCACAUGGGUGGAGUGGAUCUGUCAGACGCACUUAUUGGAUAUUACACAGUUCUGCAUAAAACAAGAAAGUGGUAUCGGACCUUCUUUUACCACUUUGUGGACAUUGCCGUGGUAAACGCCUUCAUUUUACAUCAGCACGUGGCCAGGUCGAAGAACCAGAAGCCGAUGACGCAGAAGGAGUUUCGGGAGGCUCUUGUCUCAGAACUGGCAGGGACAGGCCCUGUUUCUGCCACUGCGGCAGAUAACACCGGUCCUAAAAAUAAUGGUCAGAAUAAUAUUUCCAAGAUAUCUCCCAAUCAUUCUCACAUGCCAAAGUACAUUUCCGGCGACAGCACCUUCGGAAGGCGCUUAUGCAAAUUGUGCCACCUUAAAACUCCAGUUAUAUGUGUCUCCUGUGAUGUGUGUCUGUGCUUUGUUGCCAAGCGUCAGUGUUUCACUCUAUGGCAUAAAUCUGGUAGUUAUAUGUAA